AUGGAUAAGAACGAACCAGACGAAUUCGUGACUGUGCGGUCUUCACUACCAACAUUGCCUCUUCCCAGCAACAGCGAGCGACCCACAUUGACAACAACCCACUUGCUCAUCCGGCCCUUCCAACCAACCGACGUGGAAGCAUUGUACAUCCUACGAACACAACCAGAAGUAAUGAAAUGGACCUCCGCCGGCUGCAUCGACAAAGAUAUCGAGAAGACCAAAGAAGUGCUGAACCGAUUCCUCCCCCCAAACGACACAGCCACUCUCAACUACGCCAUCUGCCUCAAGAGCACGGGCGAGCUUAUCGGCCAAGGCGGCUGCCACCUCUACCAGGCCAAGCACGGCUGGCCCGAGGUGGGAUACAUGCUUCGAAAGGAAUUCUGGGGCCAAGGUCUUGCCACGGAGUUUUUGGGAGCCUGGCUACAGUUCUGGGGAGAAUUGCUCCGGACAGAGCGGGAGAUAAGGGUUGAAAAAGCCAUGGUUACGGAUGAGGGUCGGGUGCCAGAGCAGCUCAUUGCCAUUAUAGAAUCUAGCAACGGUGGAAGCCAGAAAGUUCUGUUAAGAUGGGGCUUUGAGCCAUUUCGAGAGUUUACUGAAGCGGAUGAGUCUACGCCUGGUGGGUGCAAGCUUGUGGCCUUUCGCUUUUUCCCAUCAAAGUGA